AUGGUCGACUUUGCCUUCUACGCCAGCUGCACCGAGCUGUGCCCACGGAGACAACCAUGCUUCCGCGCCUACUUCAAGAGUCCCGGGCAGCCUGGCCUCGUCUGCGCCUUGGGGACAAUCAACAGACAAUCCGAUAGCACAUCGAACCUCAAGCGGUAUCUGGGGCCAUCCGUCCUACACAUCGUCUCUCACAUUUACGUCCACACUUCAUCAUACCUUGACCUCGACUCCCACUCCAAUCGAACCCAUUACCACAUCGACGACAUCGACGCCUUCGACAUCGCCAACUACGUCAACUUCGUCAACUGCUUCUACGUCCUGGUCGACAACGUCUAUAACAUUGCCUACAACGUCAACGUCCACGUCAACUUCAACUUCAACGACAUCGACUACAUCAAUUUCCACGUCUACCACAACUUCAGCGACAUCUACUACAUCAACUACUACGUCACCAACUACAACCUCGACGUCAACUUCCACCUCAACCACAACUUCAACUACGUCGACGACGACGCCCACGACAACAUCAACAACAACAAGCACAACAACAACUACGACUACAACCACAUCAACAACCACAACCACGUCGCCUACAACCACCACCACCACCACCACCACCACCACAACCACCACGUCCCAACCUCCAGCGACGUCGACAUCCUGCAGUGUCGCGCAAUCCACAGCUUGUCGUGA